AGUCUGCGUACGAAUGUGGAUCUCGAUGUAACGGCCUCAUCUUCGAAACGUGCUAGUUUUUUCGUGUAAUAUCGUUUGAAUGGAAAGUUAAGCCGCGGCAUUCGUUGGAGAUAAGUAAGCACUGCCUUUUUUGCAGUUUCCACUUCAAAAAAAAAACCGAGUGUUAGUUGUGACUUGUUCGUUUGGUGUGUUAGAUAAAAUUAAACUUAGUGGUCGAAUAGACAAGGAUAAUACUCAUGUUUUAGUCCGUUUAUUGAAUUGGAAUCCGACAAGACCGAAGGAGCUCUUGAGGCUAUAUCAGCGUUCAAACUCUAUUUUAUCCUCCAGGACAAGAUGCAACUCGGAACUUUAUAUCGAAAACAAACUGGAAGCGCUAAUCUGGACGUAUAAACUAUCCGAUAUCGUUCGCAUUGGGACUGAAAUAUGUUAAAUACAGUUCCUCGAAGGAAAAACUUAAUAGUUGUCACGAUACCAGAGUUAGGGGAUGAAUAAAUAAACCAAUUUUCGAGCGGAGUGGAUCAAUUAUAAGUUUUUGUCGAGACAUGUGACGAAUUUAUCAUGAUAAUUCGUUGGUUGGAUCAUCAAAUCAUCAACUAGACUUGAAAUGUUCUAAAAAGUCAAUUAGAACCAAAGUGAUGCACUACCAUCAAGCAUACCUCAUCAGAUCAUGCUUCCCAUAUGCCUCGCUAGGCAUAGAUCCAUCAUAUUUUAUUCAAUAGUUUUAAUGUUGGUAGUACCUAAUUAUUGCGGACCUCGCUACAGUUCCAGAAUAGUCGAGAUUCAGACCGGUGCUAUUAGAGGCAUUAUUCUGGAAUUGAGUUCUAGACAUUUGGAACCUGUCGAAGUUUUCCGUGGCGUUCCCUACGCCGCGCCACCUGUGGGUCCGUUCAGAUUUCGUCCACCGCAACCUCCCCUCACUUGGCCAGGCACCAGAUUAGCAGAUACAUUUGGUGCGGCGUGUCCUCAAAAAUACCCAGAUAUAAGCAAUCGCACUGCCGCUUUACAUUUUAUGCCUAAAGGACGGUAUCAAUACCUCAAAAAACUGGUUCCUUUAUUAGUCAAUCAGUCAGAAGAUUGUCUUUUUCUUAAUAUUUACGUUCCUGGUAGUGGAAACCGCGGGCUGGAAGCGCCGUACGCCGUUCUGGUAUUCAUACACGGGGAAAGUUUUGAAUGGGGGGCGGGUCAUCCCUACGACGGUAGUGUUCUAGCCUCUUAUGGACACGUUAUUGUGGUAACUCUCAACUUCAGACUUGGAGUAUUAGGUUUCCUGCGAACACGUUUCAUAGACUCAUCAUUGCUAGCCGAGGACAAAAAUUGGGACUCCUCCGGCGGAAAUUUAGGACUCAAAGAUAUUGCAGCGGCUUUGAAGUGGAUUAAAGUGAAUAUAGCAGCAUUUGGUGGCGAUCCGAACAGAGUUACCCUCGUAGGUCACGAUACUGGUGCAGCACUUGCUAAUCUACUCUUGAUAUCGCCUUCUGCAAAAGGACUUUUUAGGAGAGUGCUGCUUUUGAGCGGGACUGCGCUUAGUCCGUGGGCAACGAUACGUAACGCUAACAGUUUGAGAACAAGCGUCGGACAACAAACUGGCUGUUUACCCAUGGAGACCGGUUCACAACAGCGUGAAGAAGAAUCUGAUAUUGCCGGAUGCCUAAGGUCGAGGCCACUACAAGCUCUAUUGGAAGUCCAAUUAGAGAAAGUCCGUUUCAUGCCGCGCAUAGCUCCGUCACUUCCAAUUGAAUCCGAUGCUACCGAUCCAGCUUACGCGAUGGAACAUGCUAGUGAAAAUUUCAUAACGUGCGAGGUUAUGUUAGGUACAACAACGACUGAAAGUUAUAGUGAUUUCAGUGCAAACGAUAUACAAUACGGUUUCGAAGAAGACCAAAGAAACAGAGUGUUGCGGACUUAUAUAAGAAACGCUUACGUUUACCAUCUGAACGAAAUAUUUUCGGCUGUGAAAAACGAAUAUACCGAUUGGGAUAAACCGAUACAACAUCCAAUUAAUAUUCGAGAUUCGACGAUGGAAGCGUUAAGUGAUGGACACACGGUCUCGCCUCUUGUGCGGGUGGCGUAUCUUCACGCGAGACGUGGUGCUAGAACGUACUUCUUCCAUUUCGGAUAUCAGACCAAAGACAGCGAUUAUCCUCAGCGUUUGGGAAGCAUUCGUGGUGAAGAUCUCACUUACAUCCUUGGAUUACCUCUAGUCGGCGGUCUUCCUCAUUUUCCACAAAAUUUCAGUCGUCAAGAUGUGGGUAUUGCGGAAGCUAUGCUCAAUUUCAUCAGUAACUUUGCCAAAAGUGGAGAUCCCAACGUACCGUCAGUAGAUAAUAAGGAUUUGGCACCAGAUUAUGGUUCGAAUCGAGAAAAAACUCGGUAUAAAGGACUUGUUUGGGAUCCGUAUGAAAUUGGUACUCAAUUCUACCUUAGUGUCACAUCGAAGCCGAAGAUGAAGAGUCACUAUCGAGGUCAUAAGAUGGCGGUUUGGCUCAAUCUAAUCCCGCAACUUCAUCAGCCGGGCGACGACGACGUCACAAUGAGGCACCACCAUUUUCACGAACGCGAACCUCAUUAUUACGCAGGAGCAGUGAGGGUGGAAUCGUUCACUAGAUUACCGCCUCCGUUGCAUCCCGCUUCCAUGACGGAUUCGCAUGCCGCCUCCAGUGGCGAAGGGACUGAAUGCAUUCCAAACACGACAUCCGAUGAAGAUAUCCAAGUCGACAAAGUCGAUGAUUUAGAUGAAGAAAAUGAAGAGUUCCUUCAGAGACUAGCUACGCGUCACUAUUAUAGCUACACCGCCGCAUUAGGGGUUACAGUAGGAGUCGGUUGUCUACUAUUGGUGCUCAACAUGCUAAUUUUCGCAGGCAUUUAUUAUCAACGAGAGAGAGAUCGCCAUAGACAAAAUCAGUCGAGCAGGUCUCGGCAAACCGGUUCAAAUUCUAACGCAACGGCCGAAGCCAUACCGAUGUCUCAAAGACCUUCGACUCCUGGAAGUUCAGCUCAACAAUCGCCGAUGUUAACAAAAAAAGAAAAAACCGAUUUUCCACCUUCGUACACGAUGAUCCCCGCGAAUCUCGAUUGCAAUACUUUACCUAAAAGAGAAAAACCCCCGCCGCCCGUCCGUACUUCUAGUAACCCACCAGGAGGUACUGUGAAAAAACGUGUCCAGAUCCAAGAAAUAUCCGUAUAGCAAGAGGAGAGGGGUGAAAAGAAUCCUUCUAAAGCGAGGAAACCGGACAUCACCCCUGAUUCGGAAUUCGAUUGUGAUUUGGUUUCUGUACAGUUAUAACAAGACACUGAAGCUUGUAUCGUCGUUUUAAUUUGAUUGAAACAACUUUUAAAUAUAUAUUAUUAUGAGAUUUAAGUGAUAUCUUUUGUGAAUAAUGAUAAUGAACAAACAAAAUAUUUGUAAAUAUUUAAAUCAAUGUCUCGAAAUAUUCCAUCUUUUGAAUAUGAUUCUUUCGUAAUUAGUUUUUACCUAGCGAUGAAAAUAUUGUACCAAAUUAAGAAUUGGGUGGAUUAUUCAUAAACUACUUUCGCAGAAAGGGCAGAAAAAAUAAAUUUAUGUAAAUAAGAAAAAAAAAACAUAUUAUUUUGAAUAAUUAAAAGAAAUUGUGUCCGCAAGUCUGCCACAACUUCUAGGUCUUUUCGGAAAACGAAACUCGGUAAAAAACUAAAUUGUUCCCGCCUUCAAUCAAAAAUUCCGGUUGAACCACCCUUAAUUACGUAGUAAAUAUGUCUUUAGACGCCCCGUCAUGGAUUUGACAAUUGAUAAUGAAGAAAAUUUUCAAACAUUUUCAAUAUUUUACAAUUCGAUUCAGUGAUAAGAAUUUCAAACUUGUUAUUAUUGUAUAAAUUGCUUUAUCUACGACCACAAAUAAAAUUAAUUACGAUGAUUUGUGAAUAAAAGUUUCAUUAAAACACCCAAAAGACUGGAAAAAAAAUAGAAUGCUUUUUAAAUGGGAUAAUCUUUUUUAUAUUUGUGUUUUGUGAUUGUAAUAAUUUUGUACUAUGAUGUAAAAGUGUUAAACGUCAUCGUCUUUUCAAAAUAUUUUUCAAAUUUUGUUCGAUAAAACACUGAUCGCACUCCUGAAAUUGCGGAAAUUGCUUGCAGCCCAAAAUCUGCUUCAGGAAGUCAUAUGGCAAUUUUUUAGAUUGGUUUAACACUAAAAAUAAUCAAUAAUAUAAACAACUAUCCAAAUUUCAUUGUUAACAUUAAUUUGAGUAAUUAAAAUCAAUUAGAUUUUCUGAUUAUGUAACUUAAGUUGGAAAAUUUUGAAAAUAUAUGUCUGUAAUACACAUUAUUUUCUAUUCUUUCCAUUCAACUAUUUGAGUCACAUAAAUUUUUUUUUUUUUCAAUUUUUUGUAUAUUCUGUAAAAUUUUCUAUUUGUGGGCUGCGAGGUGCCAGAGUUAAUCCGACAAAAUGUGAUAUAUAAUUAAAAAAAAGUGUUUUCGAAUUUCGAUUAUUGUUGCGGGCUGAGGAAUCAAAAUAAAACUGUCCAAGAGUUUUUCAAAAUGUCAACGUUUCGAUUUUUUUCAAGAUUAAAUUAUAUGGGACAUUAUAACUCAAACAAAUAAACAAAAAAUUGUGCAAUUAAAAGUUAAUAAUGAAGUAACGUUUUUCGUAUUAAUAAACACUGCUUCUCACAUUCACAAUCUCUCACAAUUUAUGUACACCUUAUACAAUACACCUAACUUACAAUAAUUUAUUUAAUAUCACUUAAAUAAUUUCUGCGAUUACUUUUCACUACGACUAUACAUUUUAAACUAACUCACUGUGUUUAAACAAAUCAUUUAUACACCUAAAUAAAAUUCUAUAAGGUUCUAGAAAUUAUUUAAAAGAAAUAGUAUAAAUAAACCGCCUGCUAUUAUAAAACGUUUUAAAAGAAAACUUCAAAAGGAGCUUCCGCUAUUUAUAAAAAAUGUGAAAUGUUGUAGUUUAGGUGUUUUGUCUUUGAUUUGGGCGAAUAAGUUGUUUAUUGGGCAGAAUGCCCGCUCAAAAUUAUUUGACGAGUGUUUUUCAAGUUUCUCCGAUAAUCCUCUAAUGUUACUUUCGUUUCGAGGUUCCUGUAUUACAUUAUAAUUGCUCUCUUUUAAAAUUUCAUUAACCAUCUCUCUUGGAUAACCAUCUACUUUGAGAAUUUGUCUUAUUUUAUUAUUAUCAGUAUCGAUAUAGUGUUUUUUGAUGUGGUCGUAGAUGAAAUAUCGUCUGACACUCGUGCGCGAAGUACCUUUGCGCUACGCUCGUGCCUUUUUUCGCAACUCGUGCGCAAAAAUAUCACUUUACGUACUUGUAUCAUAAAUAAUCAUUAUCAGUUCAUGAUUUAUUUAUAUUCAGUGUCAUUAUUAAUGAACGAAACACUAUUAUUUAAACCAAGACUGUUGACAUGUGUCAAAAUUGUUGACAUGUGUCAAGACUGUUGACAUGUGUCUAUUAUUUCUAUUAACUCCUAAUUGAUGGUUUAUGUGAGUAUUUUUUUAAAAAUUUUGAUCUUUUUUAUAAAAGUUUUUUUUUUAAAUAUAAUUAUAUACUAAAUGAAAGGAAUGAAUUAAUUUCGAUUAAAAAACAAACAUCUUAUGGUAUAUAUUGUAGAACAAAAAUUGAAUUUUGUAAAAAAAAUAUGUUUUUGCAUGUAUUGAUCCUUGUAGAAGUGUAAUUACUUCAAUUUAUAGUCACAAAGUUGACUCUAAACGUUUUUAUCUUGUAAAUAAAUCGUUUUGUACAUAAAUUAUUAAAAUAAAUACAAAAAAUAUUGAA